AGAAAACGUAACACCGGAAAUAAAUGCAAGCUUUGCCUCGCUUAAGCGGGUGAUUGCGUUGAAAGUGGAAACAUCUCAACGGUCAGAAGUUGUUUUUGCUGUCUCUGAAUAAGUGUUUCGAUUAAGGGACUGUUUCUUCACGGUUUUAACUCUGGGUGUAUGACCACUGAGGUGGAGCUUGAUCUGAGGAGGAGGUUCUGUUCACAUGAUCAUUCAGAAUGAGAACUGUUCUGAUGGUAGCAGAGAAACCUUCCUUGGCCCAAUCCAUCGCCAAAAUCCUCUCCAAAGGAAGCUGUACGAGUCGGAAAGGACUGAAUGGAGCGUGCUCAGUGCACGAAUACAGUGGCAGCUUUCAAGGCCAGACGGUCCGCUUUAAGAUGACAUCUGUUUGUGGCCAUGUGAUGACUCUGGAUUUUAUUGGAAAAUACAACAACUGGGACAAGGUGGACCCCGCAGAGCUGUUUAGUAAGGCUCCAACAGAAAAGAAGGAGGCCAAUCCCAAACUCAACAUGGUGAAGUUUCUCCAGGUUGAAGCCAGAGGCUGUGACUAUGUGGUUUUAUGGUUGGACUGUGAUAAAGAAGGCGAAAACAUCUGUUUUGAGGUUCUGGAUGCCAUCCAGCCAGUGAUAAAUAAGGGCAGUGUCAGGGAUCAAAGCGUGUUCCGUGCCAAAUUCAGUUCCAUAACCGACACCGACAUCUGGAACGCCAUGAAGCAGCUGGGAGAACCCAACAGGAACGAAGCGCUAUCGGUGGAUGCCCGUCAGGAGUUGGACCUACGAAUUGGCUGUGCCUUCACACGGUUCCAGACCAAGUAUUUCCAGGGCAAAUAUGGGAAUUUAGACUCCUCCCUAAUCUCUUUUGGACCAUGUCAGACCCCAACACUUGGUUUCUGUGUCGAGCGCCAUGAUAAAAUCCAAUCCUUUAAACCUGAAACAUUCUGGGUCCUCCAUGCAAAGGUGUUCAAAGGAAAGGACACCCCCCUGACUCUGGACUGGAACAGGGUAAGGGUCUUUGACAGAGAGGUGGGGCAGAUGUUUGUCAACCUGGCCAAGACUUCCAAGAAGGCCCAGGUGGAGUCAGUGAGUAAAAAAGAGAAAGCCAAACAAAGGCCCCAGGCCUUGAAUACUGUGGAGAUGCUGAGAGUGGCCAGCUCUUCCUUAGGUAUGGGUCCCCAACAUACCAUGCAGAUUGCAGAGCGCCUAUAUACGCAGGGCUACAUCAGCUACCCCCGUACUGAGACAACCCACUACCCCGAGAACUUUGACCUGAAGGGAGCCCUGAAGCAGCAGAUCAACAACCCCGUGUGGGCAGAAGAGGUAAAAGCACUUCUUUCCACUGGCAUAAACCGGCCCAGGAAGGGAAGUGAUGCAGGAGACCAUCCUCCCAUUACUCCUAUGCAUUCUGCGUCAGAGGGGGAACUGGGGAGUGAUGGCUGGCGGCUGUACGAAUACAUCACACGACAUUUCAUCGCCACUAUCAGUCAGGACUGCAAGUAUCUACAAACCACAAUAGACUUCAGGAUUGCCACAGAGGGCUUCUCGUGUAGCGGGAAAACUCUCAUAUCAGCAGGUUACACAACAGUGAUGCCAUGGCAGGGCAUUCCUCUGGAGGAAGCGCUCCCCGCCUGCGAACGUGGCGACACUUUUACAGUGGAAGAGAUCAAGCUGGUGGAGCGGCAGACGAGCCCUCCUGACUACCUGACAGAGGCAGAACUCAUCACACUCAUGGAGAAACACGGCAUCGGUACUGAUGCCAGCAUCCCUGUUCACAUCAAUAACAUUUGUCAGAGAAACUAUGUGACCGUAGAGAAUGGGCGCAGACUGAAACCCACCAACCUGGGCAUCGUCUUGGUACAUGGCUACUAUAAAAUAGAUGCAGAGCUGGUGCUCCCUACCAUCCGCAGCGCUGUGGAGAAGCAGCUCAACCUUAUUUCUCAAGGGAAAGCAAACUUCCAGCAAGUGCUGCAGCACACACUGGACAUCUUCAAGAGGAAGUUUCACUACUUUGUUGAUUCCAUCACCAGCAUGGAUGAGCUGAUGGAGGUCUCCUUCUCCCCUAUUGCUGCAACUGGAAAGCCCCUCUCUCGCUGUGGCAAAUGCCACCGUUUCAUGAAGUACAUCCAGGCCAAGCCGAGCCGGCUCCACUGCUCCCACUGUGACGAGACAUACAGUCUCCCCCAGAAUGGAGCCAUUAAGCUGUACAAGGAGCUCCGCUGUCCAUUGGAUGACUUUGAGCUUGUGCUGUGGACAUCUGGGGCCCGAGGCAAGAGCUACCCGCUGUGUCCCUACUGUUUCAGCCAUCCUCCUUUCAGGGACAUGAAGAAAGGUAUGGGAUGUAAUGAAUGCACCCAUCCAUCCUGUCAGCAUUCGCUCAACUCUCAGGGCAUUGGUCAGUGUGUGGAGUGUGACUGCGGCGUUUUGGUCCUCGAUGCCACAUCUGGCCCAAAAUGGCGAAUGGCUUGCAACAAAUGCAAUGUCGUGGUGCACUUCUUUGAACAUGCACACAAAGUACAGGUGACUCAGGAGAGCUGUGAUGCUUGUGAUGCCUCCCUGGUUGCUGUGGACUUCAAUAAGGCCCGCACUCCACUUCCUGAUAGUGAGACCCAGCACACUGGCUGCGUUUUCUGUGAUCAUGUCUUCCAAGAUGUGGUGGAGCUCAAACAUGCCACCAUGAGGCACGCCAUGUACCGAAGUGGAGGAGCAAGAAGAGGAGGCAGGGGACGAGGCAGGGGACGUCGUGGAAUUCCUAAAAAACCCAAAGAUAAAAUGGCAGCACUGGCAGCAUACUUUGUUUAGUGUUAAUGCAGUAUAUCUAGGUUCUUUUACCCAAGUGUAGAUUACCAACCUGUAGGCCAGUUUUUUGUGGAAUCAACAUUAAAGAUCUAAUAAAACAAAGUUAACCAUG